CUCUCUCCCCGAGCCACGAAGUGGUGGCCAGAACAAGUGCGCAGCUAGCACACUGAAAGGCACCGACACCUCCGUCUUCUCGGGGAGGCAUUUGCUUCUUCCCAAAAGAAGCAGCUGAAUGGUGCGCCAGCCUUGUGAUGAAGGCGAUCCUGAAGGCGUGCAUCUCCCUUCUGAAGUAACACCUUGCCGGGUGUGUUCCCCUACUUGGUGAAGAAGAGUUCUGGUCAGUGUCUCCAGGUGACAAUAGGCAACCUGUGUCUCUGUGUUUGGACUCAUGGCACAUCUCUGCAAACCAGUUGUAUGUGCAGAUCAGAUGAAGCUACAGAUGACAUGACCAAAGUCGAAACAAUGCAUGAACUGAUGAGAAACAGCACUGACAACGUUAGCUGCUUAGUUCCUGGAAAUCCUAAGGUGCAACUUCACUACCAAAGGAGACCCUGAUGUUAUGUGAUCAUUGAGCAGAGUUUGCAAGAAUGGAAAACCAAAGGAAAACCAAAACUAGCUGCAUCUCAUAAAUUAAAAAUUUUCAAGAUUCAGCUGAAUGAAAAAAUUAUUCCAGCCAUGGGAGAAAAUGCAAGUUUUUGGGAAAGCUUGAUAUAUGCACAUCCUACGUGUACCACCUGGAAGCAAGAGGCAGAGGGAUCUAUCUACCACCUAGCCAGUAUUUUCUUUGUUGUGGGCUUCAUGGGUGGAAGUGGAUUCUUUGGGCUCCUCUACGUCUUCAGCUUGCUUGGACUGGGCUUUCUCUGCUCUUCUGUUUGGGCUUGGCUGGAUGUGUGUGCUGCUGAUAUAUUCUCCUGGAAUUUUGUACUGUUCGCUAUAUGCUUCGUCCAGUUCGUUUAUGUUACCUACCAAGUCCGGAGUGUUGCCUUCGACAAAGAAUUCCAGGAACUUUACAGUGCUCUCUUCCAGCCUCUGGGAAUUUCCUUGACUGUGUACAGGAAGAUCGUCUUGUGCUGCGAUGCAGAAGUGAUUACCCUGGAGAAGGAACAUUGUUACGCCAUGCAGGGCAAAACGCCCAUUGAUAAACUGUCCUUGCUUGUGUCAGGCAGGAUCAGAGUGACAGUUGAUGGGGAGUUUCUGCAUUAUAUUUUUCCUCUUCAAUUUCUGGACUCUCCUGAAUGGGAUUCACUGAGGCCCACAGAAGAGGGAAUUUUCCAGGUAACGCUAACAGCAGAGACAGAUUGUCGGUACGUGGCCUGGAGGAGAAAGAAGCUCUACCUGCUGUUCGCUAAACACCGCUUCAUCUCUCGCCUGUUCUCGAUUUUAAUUGGGAGCGACAUCGCUGAAAAACUGUAUGCCCUGAACGACAGGGUGCACGUGGGGCAAGGCUUCAGGUACGACAUCCGCUUGCCCAACUUCUACCACGUUGCACUGCCAGAGACCCCUCCGGUGCAGCCCUCCCACCGCUCGCACCACCUCCAGCGAGGGUCCCCCCGGCGCAAGCCCGCGGGGGUUACAAACUGCGCCUCCUUCCUCGCUCCCUCCUAGGAGGGAAGACUCUGCUGCAGCCGCUCCUCAAGGCGACGAAGGGAAACGGAAGGUGGCGAAGCAUAGGAGCAGAGAGACAAAAGCAGAUUAAGCCAAAUUUGACUGACAAGUGCCAUUUAUGUUAAUCGGAGUAGGUUGAGUUUCCUAUCUCAAGCCAGCAGUUGGCUUCUGCAUUUUGACUGUCUGUGCAGUGUUUACUUUCUGUUGAUACUCCUGUUGAUCUUCAUCUCUUUCAUUUUGGAGGAGAACAAAUCAUAAGAGUCUGAGGUCUUAUUGCAAUUGUGGUGGCCUCUGUGGUGGUGUCUUGUUUUGUUGCUGGUUUUUUUUUUUUUUAAAGCAAGCCCAUGGUAUUUGUAAUUAUAUUUUUCUCAAAAAAAAUUUGUCACAAUGAAGUAUAGUCAGAAUAGUCAAUGAAUACAAGUAAGUUGUCUUCAAAAUAGAGCAACUUGCUUAUACUGUUAUUUUUUAUGCCAUGUGAACGUUCUCUCAAUUUACAUGAAAAAUGUUGCAGAAAAAAAGACUAAGGAACAAUUGCAUUGGGUUUGUUUCUUAAAGAAAUGAAAGAUUUUGAAAUGCACAGCAAUAUUGUUAAAAACCCCAACAAAAGAAAACAACAAAUGAGUAGUUGGUUUCUCUCUGAUUGUCCUUAAGAGGUAUUACAUGAAAACAGACGUGCCAUUGCUUGCAUUAGAAAAUAAAAGAGCUGUAACUGCUGCAAAUACUGCUUAGGGAAAUGGUUGUGUAGCGUUUCUGAUAGAAUGUGAUGCUAUAGGACCUGGGCUUCUGCAGUGUGAUUGCCCUUCGUGACAUGUACAAUAAAUAAUGUUAGUCAAUCUACUGCCAACUCAUUGGAGUUUGUUGUAUAAUAUUCUUUUUAGCUAUGUUUGUCAGGAAGAGACUAAAACAGCUGCAGCAAUAAAUAA